AUGGCCCCUAAAGAUCGUACAUCCGAAUUCCAUUCCACCCUAAACUCCAUCAAAUCACGUUCUUCCCUUGCCUCAUCUUCCUCUUCGGCCAACCUCAAGGGCAAAAACAAAGAUAAAGAAUUGAAACAACCUCUCCUUGCCAAUGGUAAAGACGGCUCAUCAGUUGUGAAAGGAGGAGGAAGUAAGAGUGAAUUUGGUAGGAUGGCAAGUGGGAUAGCCAAGGAUAUAAACAAUACGACGUUGAAAUUGCAGAAACUGGCUCAACUGGCCAAACGGAAAACGCUCUUUGAUGAUCGACCCAUUGAGAUAUCCGAAUUAACCUAUAUAAUCCGACAAGAUAUCGCCUCGCUCAACACCCAGAUCGCAUCAUUACAAUCAUACGUCCGAAGUCAGAAACCCAACGCAUCUAGUGGAGGAAAAAAUGGGAAACAGGUGGAAGAACAUAAUAGUAAUGUUGUGAUGCUCUUGCAGAGUAGGUUGGCGAAUAUGGGUAUGGGGUUUAAGGAUGUCUUGGAGUUGAGGACUCAGAACAUGAAAGCGAGUAAAGACCGGACCGAGCAAUUCAUGCACACCGCCGCCAAUGCUUCCUUACCACCUCCAUCAAAUAACUCCCUACUCUUCUCUCAAUCUGGUGGUCCCGGAUCAGGUUUCGAUCGUAAAGGCAAGAACAGAGCCUCGCCCAUCCCAGAUGAUGGAAAGACGGAUUUCCUCGCGUUGGAUAUAGAUGGGGAUAGGGGUGAGAGUGGGGUGGUCAAAGGCGGAGAUUAUCAGCAGAUGCAAUUGGUCGAACAGCAGAACGAUUACAUCCAAUCUCGAUCUACUGCCAUUGAAUCCAUCGAAUCAACCAUUGCAGAGCUCGGGUCCAUUUUCUCUCAGUUGGCUGGGAUGGUCGCUGAGCAGAGGGAGACGGUACAAAGGAUCGAUGCCGACACGACGGAUAUUGCUGCGAAUGUCACUGGAGCACAAAGGGAAUUGUUGAAGUACUACGCUAGUAUAUCAAGUAAUAGAUGGUUGAUGUUGAAGAUUUUCGGUGUAUUGAUUAUUUUCUUCCUCGUUUUCAUCCUUGUAUCAUAG